GAAGGGGCCAUAACUAACUUGUGAUUUUAUCUGGAUAGUGCUCAUUCAGGGACCACUUCUGACUGGAAUCUGACUGUGCGCUCUACUGCUGCAAAACGUCUAAGUGACACAUGGGAAGAUUUGUUGCCUGCAUUUUUUAAAAAAAUAAGUUUCGGUGACAAGUCGAUCAUCUUUUUGCAAUAGAAGAUUCCGACUUCAGUUUCCGAAUGAUUUAUAUCCCAUAGUGCAGCUUCCUCUGCCCUCACAGGAAGCAGAAAUACGGCGUGUUGUCUUGGCGUCUUUUCCUUGUGGUUCUUACUAAUAUGGAAAAUAGGGAUCUGGCUGUUUUAAUUUUUCUUUUAUACCUCUAUUAUUAUUUGCUAAAGAAAGAAAGAAAUGAAAGAGCUGCUGCUAGAAAAUAUUGGGUACAUCCCAUCACAGAUCAGCGGUUUCAGAAUGGACAGUUUCAGUUAUUAUACUGUGAACUUCGCAGCUAUCCAAAAAAAUUCCAAAGGUUUUUCAGAAUGUCUAUAUCAAGCUUUGAUGAGCUUCUGACCGUUUUGAAGCCAGGCCUGUGUCGUGCCCACACCUUGAUGAUGGAUCCAAUUUCACCAGAGGAGCGACUGUGCCUAACACUAAGGUUUUUAGCAACUGGACAAUCAUUCUCUUCCUUGUAUUUCCGAUUCCCUAUCGGUCGAACCACUAUAGGCAAAAUUGUAAGAGAAACUUGCCUGCUUAUUUGGUCUGAGCUGCAAAGACUUGUGAUGCCAACCCCAGAUGAAAAUGCAUGGAUUCACAUUGCAGAAGAUUUCUACAAAACAACCAAUUUUCCUAAUUGUUUGGGUGCUAUGGAUGGAAAACGCAUUCAUAUUAAAAUGCCUUUCAAAAGUGGCUCAGAAAAAUACUCUUCGGUUGUUCUUCUGGCUGUUGUUGAUGCAAAUUAUUGCUUUUCUAUCAUCGAUGUGGGAGCCUAUGGAAGCACUGGUGAUGCUAGUGCUUUCUGGAGUUCAGCACUGGGACAUCAAUUAUCAGAAGGGGCACUUCAUCUACCUGUUCCUAAACCAUUGCCUGGGACUGCUGCACCUUCCAUGCCUUAUGUUUUUGUGGGUGAUGAGGCCUUUGGUCUUACGGAAAACAUAAUGCGGCCUUACCCAGGGUCACAAAUGGACAUUCAGAAACGACUUUUCAAUUACAGAUUAUUGAGAGCACGUCGUAUGGUAGAGUGUGCUUUUGGCAUCUUUUCCAACAAAUGGCGUAUAUUCCAUAACGCAAUACAACUGGAACCUGAUUUUGUGGACAUUAUAAUAAAAGCUUGUUGUGUCCUACACAACUUUGUUCGUCUUCGGGAUGGGUAUAUCUUUCAACACACUCUGACCGAUGAUAUUCCAGAUAUUGAUUGGGCCCCUGUUGGAGGUCCUACAGGAGGAAUGAGAGUGAGAGAUCAUUUUGCCAAUUACUUUAUGUCUCCCGAUGGUGCUGUGCCAUGGCAGUUGAACCGCAUUUAACCUGCAUGCAGUUUCAUUGUAUUGUAUUUUGUAUCCCAUUAAUAAAGUGCUCAUUAUUAUAAAA